AUGGUGACGCGUGAGGUCUCCGCGGCAUCUGUCGGCUUGUACGUGCUCCGCGCGCCGGUAUACACUGGUUUGCCAUCUCCUGUGCCGCGACGACGCGUUGAUCAGAGGGCCGUUGCUCAGGGUUCCCCGGUGGACGACCCGCAUGGGGAAAUGGACCGUGCGCUGAACACAGGGCUUUCAGGUCCUUUAAACUGGAACGGCAGGCAUCCGGAGGGGUGUGCCUGUCCGCGGGAUUGGUUCAUCCAUCCCGGAAAGCCCCCUCAUGUGUCUCAGGUGGCGUGGGCGGCUAUGAACCCGCAGGUGCGCAUCCAACACCGCACGUGGCUGGAGAACCUGCGCGCGAUGCCCCAGGAUCUCUUGUCGCUCCCGCUGCACACGGCGGCGGUCGAGCUGGUGCGAAGGAUGGGCUGCGCACGCCAUUGGAAGUGGUCGACGAUGGCGCGACACUACGUAUCCAUUCAGGUCGCUCUACUCCAGCUGCCCCUCUACACAAACCAGACGCGGCCGGUGGACUUGGCCCGGGAACCGGAGUGGCGCCAAGCUAUAUCUGGAGCCCGACGUUUCGAGCGCGAGUCGGAGCCACAGCCGCCGGUGCCGUUGUCGGUGGAGGAGUACAAGCGGGUCUUGACUGCAGUCCGCGUCGACCCCGAGUCUCACGCUUUUCUUGUGCUGAUGUGGGCCUGCGCUGCGCGGCCUGGCGAUGUGACGAACCUCCUCGUCAAGGACAUUCAUUUUGCAGAAGAGGUAGCACCCCGUUCGGUCCGCAUGCAGGUGACGGUGCGUCGGGGAAAAGGUGCCCGGUUCCGCGGGCCGUAG